CCCGGGGCCGGGCCGGGCUGGAUCGCGCCGUACGGCGCCGUGCGAUGUGCGCGCAGCGGCGGGCGGCUGCCGGCCCGCUCUCCUAGCUCCUGCGGGCUGCGCGGCGGCUGGCGGUGCCCCUCGGGAAGUUUGAUGGCUUCUUUGAGGAGAGUCAAAGUCCUGCUGGUGUUAAACUUGAUCGCGGUGGCUGGCUUCGUCCUCUUCCUGGCCAAGUGCAGACCCAUCACCGCCAAGAGCGGCGACUCCUUCCAUGACAUCCAUCCCAGGGCAGAAGUGGCCAACUUGACAGCCCACGGCAUCAGCUCCAUCCAGGAUGCAGUGCUGAAGAGACUCUCGCUCCUAGAAGACAUAGUCUACAGGCAGCUGAAUGGUCUGUCCAAGUCACUCGGUCUCAUUGAAGGCUAUGGUGGACGUGGUAAAGGUGGGCUUCCAGCCACGCUGUCCCCUGAUGAGGAGGAGAAAGCAAAAGGACCACAUGAGAAAUAUGGCUACAACUCCUACCUCAGUGAGAAAAUUUCACUGGAUCGUUCCAUACCAGAUUAUCGCCCAACCAAGUGCAAAGAGUUGAAAUACAGCAAGGACCUACCCCAGAUCUCCAUCAUCUUCAUCUUCGUGAAUGAAGCGCUCUCCGUUAUCCUGCGGUCGGUGCACAGCGCUGUUAAUCACACCCCAGCUCACCUCCUGAAAGAGAUUAUCCUUGUGGAUGACAACAGUGAUGAAGAGGAGCUGAAGGCACCACUGGAAGAGUACGUCAACAAGCGGUACCCAGGCCUGGUGAAGGUGGUGCGCAACCAGAAGAGGGAAGGGCUUAUCCGAGCUCGUAUCGAAGGCUGGAAAGCUGCCACUGGCCAGAUCACUGGAUUCUUUGAUGCUCAUGUGGAGUUCACUGCUGGCUGGGCUGAGCCAGUCCUGUCACGAAUCCAGGAAAAUCGGAGGAGGGUCAUUCUGCCCUCCAUAGACAACAUCAAGCAGGACAACUUCGAGGUGCAGCGCUAUGAGAACUCUGCCCAUGGGUACAGCUGGGAGCUGUGGUGUAUGUACAUCAGCCCCCCCAAGGACUGGUGGGAUGCUGGAGACCCCUCGCUGCCUAUCAGGACGCCGGCGAUGAUCGGUUGCUCGUUUGUUGUGCACAGGAAAUUCUUCGGCGAGAUCGGGCUGCUGGAUCCUGGGAUGGAUGUGUAUGGAGGGGAGAACAUCGAGCUCGGCAUCAAGGUGUGGCUGUGUGGGGGCAGCAUGGAGGUGCUGCCCUGCUCCAGAGUGGCUCACAUCGAGCGCAAGAAGAAGCCCUACAACAACAACAUUGGGUUCUACACCAAGCGCAACGCGCUGCGGGUGGCCGAGGUGUGGAUGGAUGACUACAAAUGGCACGUCUACAUCGCCUGGAACCUGCCACUGGAGAACCCAGGUAUUGACAUCGGGGAUGUUUCCGAGAGGAAAGCAUUAAGGAAGAGCUUGAAGUGUAAGAAUUUCCAGUGGUACCUGGACCAUGUUUAUCCAGAAAUGAGAAGAUACAACAACACCAUUGCUUAUGGGGAGCUUCGAAACAACAAGGCCAAAGACGUCUGCCUUGACCAGGGCCCACAGGAGAACCACACAGCAAUACUGUACCCAUGCCACGGCUGGGGACCGCAGCUUGCACGCUACACCAAGGAGGGAUUCCUUCACCUCGGUGCCCUUGGGACCACCACGCUCCUCCCCGACACCCGCUGCCUGGUGGACAACGUGAAAAGCCGCUUCCCGCAGCUCCUCGACUGUGAGAAGGUCAAGAGCAGCCUCCACAAGCGCUGGAAUUUCAUACAGAACGGUGCCAUCCUGAACAAGGGGACUGGACGGUGCUUGGAAGUGGAGAACAGGGGCAUGGCCGGCAUCGACCUGAUUCUUCGCAGCUGCACAGGACAAAGGUGGACAAUUAAAAAUGUCAUCAAAUAAAGGGUGGAAGAGUCAGAGGAGUUGGACUGGAAACACAGCUGACUUGGACUGACCUGCCUGGACUCCUUUGGAAAGGACAAAAAUAUCAAUACAGAGCUUUAUUCAUGUUAUUAGGAGAGGACAUGGGGGAAAUGGGCAUUUGUGUCUUUUUAUUGUAUAUUAGUCUCCCACAGCUGAUUCCAACUGUGUGAAAUUGGGUCAGAACUGCUAUUUUCUUCUAGCAAGCACUCUAAAAGGUACCACUUAUUUCUGCUGGAAUGACUGUAAUAAGCUCAUGCAGUCUUGUGAGCAUUUUACUGUCAGGAAAUUGUUCCUUUCCCAGACAACACCAAACUCUCCCAAAGGGCCAGGUAGGUUUGCACCACCAUUGGAGUUGAGAGACCUUGGAUAGAGCUGCCUGGCAAGCACCAAAACCAACAUGCUGGUGAGCAGAAAAGGUUGCCAAGCCCCACAUGAGCAGAGUAUUAAAGAUGUGCUCUUUUGCUAGGUCCUCUCUUUCCUCCCUUUCUUGCCCUUGCAUCCAGCAGCCCCUUUCUUCAGUGUGGGAGAGGCAAAUCUCUCUCCAGUAGUUUCCAUGGAUCUUUCCAACCCUCCAUCACAGAUGGCAUCAAACAAAAUCCUACUGAUCUCCCAUUGCUCCCUCUCCCUUGCCCACACACUGCUGUUGACCAGACCAGCCCAGUGCAGCACCAGUCCCUCCCAUGGAGACCCCAGGAGAAAAGAUCCUGGAUGUCUCCCUGUCUGCUUGUGCAGUAGUCUACCCUUACUCACCACACCAUGAGUAAAGUUUGUGAGAUGCUUCCUGCACCUGGUGAGCUGCAGAUCCACCUUGCCCUGCCAGCAGGGCCACUGGCCUGGCACUGUUCCCAUGGAGACACACCUUUAGCCUUUUGGGGUUUUUGCUGGUUUAGAAGUGAGGGUGGAUGUGCUGGUGUGUGCAACAGGCUGAGAGCAGGUACUGUGAAAGAAAGUCCCUCCUGGGCUUGCCUCCCAC